GGUUAAUGGUUAAUUAUGUCUGAUGAUUAUAUCUGUAUGCCUGCAGACAUAUAUAGCUUGGCUGUGCCAGUCAACGUUGCUCCUGUUCAGACUAAAAACACGAGUCCAGAAACCAUCAGAAUGAAGACUGUCUUCUGUCUCCUCUUAAUUGCUCUCUUCGCUGCCAGUGAGGCCAAAGUGUUCACAAAAUGUGAGCUGGCGCAGGUCCUGAAGAAUGGUGGUUUGGAUGGAUACUAUGGCUACAGCUUGGCUAACUGGAUGUGCUUGGCUUACUAUGAGAGCCGCUACACCACCAACGCUGUGAACGACAAUGGCUGGAGCACUGACUAUGGAAUCUUCCAGAUCAACAGCUACUGGUGGUGCAAUGACGGCAACACUUCUGGAGCCAUAGGCGGUUGUAACAUCAGCUGCAAUAGUUUGAUGAAUGAUGACAUUACUGAUGACAUUACCUGUGCCAAGAGAGUUGUUCGGGACCCCAAUGGCAUGGGAGCCUGGGUGGCCUGGAACAAUUACUGUAAGAACAAGGAUUUAAGCAGCUUCGUCAGCGGAUGUGCUUUGUGAGAAGAUGAUGUAGAAUCAAUCCUUCGUCUUCCACUCCCAGUGCCAGAAGUACAUCAGAUGGCUCUUGAAUGUGUGUAGAAAAUGACUGGAUGGAAUAAAUUAUGUUCAAAAUAA